UCAGCUUUGACUACAGAAAGUCGAGACAUUCCGGCGGACUUCAGCAAGGAUGCCGGUUCGACGGGGGCACGUGGCUCCUCAGAACACUUUCCUUGAUACCAUCAUCAGGAAAUUCGAAAGUCAAAGUCGGAAGUUCAUCAUAGCCAAUGCACGUGUGGAGAACUGCGCCAUUAUCUUCUGCAAUGAUGGCUUCUGUCACAUGUGUGGCUACACGCGGGCGGAGGUCAUGCAGAGGCCGUGUUCGUGUAACUUCCUGUACGGGCCACACACCAAGCGCCUGGAUGUUGCGCAGAUGGCUCAGGCCCUGCUGGGCACUGAGGAGAGGAAAGUGGAGAUCACACUCUACAGAAAAGACGGUGUGUGCUUCCCAUGCAUGGUGGAUGUGGUGCCGGUAAAGAAUGAAGAUGGAGUGGUGAUCAUGUUCAUCCUAAACUUCGAGGUCAUGACUGAUGACACACCGCACAACCCCGCCCUGCAACUCAACCACCGGCUGCCUCUCUCGUGGCGACCCAUAAAUCGAUCAUGGCGUCUCCGACUGCGUCUGCCUCUCCUGCAGUCCCACAGUGCCAGCCAGUCCUCUCUUCAGGAAGACCCUGAGACUGGCCGCGUCGUAGCCCUUCGUGGCACCGCCCCUCUCCCAGCCAGCAGCAGCCACGAGUCGCUGGCUCUGACUGAGCUCUUGUCCCUGAGAGAGCACGAGCAAGCACGGCCUGGCACUGCCACCACUGCUACCGCUGCCACAGAAACCCCCUCGUCCUCACUGUGGCUGGAGGACAGGCGCACCCUGCUGGGCAGUGAUCUUACCUCCUCGUCCCCGGGCCCUCCGCCGGCCCCGGCGCUGCCACUGGGUCAGUCCUCUCCGCGGCCCCCCAGGCUGAACACGGAGGCCUCGGUGUCCAACUGCAGCCUGACGCCCAGCCGCUCACGAGAGAGCUUCCACAGCAUGCGCCGCGCCUCUUCCGUGGACGACAUCGAGGCCAUGAGGCCCGAGUGGGAGCGCAAGCAUGGCCCCCGAGUCUCCAGUAGCAGCACGGGUGCAGUGAACAACAAGUCCACGAUCCUGAACUCUACCUCUGACUCAGACCUCAUGCGAUACCGUACCAUCAGUAAGAUCCCCCAGAUCACUCUCAACUUUGUGGACUUCAAGCCGGACCCACUCAUUGCACUUCCUCCUGGGGAGAUAGACAUCAUUGCUCCAUGCAAGCUCAUGGACCGCACACACAAUGUCACAGAGAAGGUCACGCAGGUGCUGUCGCUAGGUGCCGACGUCCUGCCUGAAUAUAAGCUGCAGGCACCACGCAUCCACAAGUGGACCGUGCUGCACUACAGCCCCUUCAAGGCUGUGUGGGACUGGCUCAUCCUGCUGCUGGUCAUCUACACAGCCAUCGUCACGCCCUACUCCGCUGCCUUCCUGGAGGAUAGUGGAAUGCCGAGCUGCAGCUACUGCUGCCCGCUCUGCGUUGUCGACCUCAUCGUGGACAUCAUGUUCAUCAUCGACAUCCUCAUCAACUUCCGCACGACGUACGUCAAUGCCAAUGACGAGGUGGUGAGCCACCCGCUGCGCAUUGCUGUUCACUACUUUAAAGGCUGGUUCCUCAUCGACAUGGUGGCAGCCAUCCCCUUCGACUUACUCAUAUACAACAAUGGCGAGGAGACAACCACUCUAAUAGGCCUCCUCAAGACAGCGCGGCUUUUACGUCUGGUCCGUGUGGCACGAAAGCUGGACCGCUAUUCAGAAUAUGGUGCUGCUGUGCUCUUCCUCCUCAUGUGCACCUUUGCCCUCAUUGCCCAUUGGCUGGCCUGCAUCUGGUACGCCAUUGGCAGUGUAGAACGCAAUGGUUCCAUUGGCUGGCUCAACACGCUGGCGGAUCAGCUCGGGAAACCCUACAAUGACACAAUCUCAAAUUCGGGCCCCUCCAUCAAGGACAAAUACGUGACGGCCCUCUAUUUCACCUUCAGUAGCUUGACGAGUGUAGGAUUUGGCAAUGUCUCACCCAACACCAACUCAGAGAAGAUCUUCUCCAUCUGCGUCAUGCUUAUUGGAUCCCUCAUGUAUGCUAGUAUCUUUGGGAAUGUGUCAGCCAUUAUCCAAAGGUUAUACUCCGGUACGGCUCGCUACCACACACAGAUGCUGCGCGUGAGAGAGUUCAUCCGCUUCCAUCAGAUUCCCAACCCGCUGAGACAGAGGCUGGAGGAGUACUUCCAACAUGCUUGGUCCUAUACUAAUGGCAUCGACAUGAACGCCGUGUUGAAAGGCUUUCCCGAGUGUCUACAGGCAGAUAUCUGUUUGCACCUGAACCGCACACUGCUCCAGAACUGCAAAGCUUUUAAGGGCUCCACAAAAGGCUGCCUGCGAGCCCUGGCCAUGAAAUUUAAGACCACCCAUGCCCCACCAGGCGACACUCUGGUACACCAGGGCGAUGUGCUCACUGCGCUCUACUUCAUCUCCCGUGGAUCCAUCGAGAUCUUACGCGGAGAUGUGGUAGUGGCCAUUUUGGGAAAGAAUGAUAUAUUUGGUGAGCCCAUCAACCUGUAUGCUCGGCCAGGGAAGUCAAAUGCUGAUGUGAGAGCUCUGACUUACUGUGACUUGCACAAGAUCCACAGAGAGGAUGUUUUGGAAGUGCUGGACAUGUACCCAGAGUUCUCUGAUCACUUCUGGAGCAACCUAGAGAUCACCUUCAACCUGAGAGAUACCAACAUGAUUCCUGGGUCUCCGAGCAGCGAAGAUUCUGACUGUAUUGGCUUCAACAAACUACGUAAGAGAAAGCUUUCAUUCCGGCGUCGAACAGAAAAAGAUGAUGCCGAUGCUGGAGAGAUCAAAAAGAACCAGAAGCCUGUGCGGCGUAACAGGAAACAAACCAGAAGUAAUCAAAAUCAGGGACUAAAACCAGACUGGGUAGGGCCUCACAGUUCUGUCUCCUCCCACUCCAGUGAUGAUGAAGGGGAGGAACCUGUUCACGCAUGCCCUGCCCCUCCAACUACACUGCUGGAGCUUUCUCAAGCACAAGGCACUUCUAUGAGCUUCAGUGACAACAUCGAAGUGGAGGGGGAUCCUAAGACAAGCAACACCUGCAACGCUCUGUCAGGUGCUCUCUCAGGUGUGUCCAACAUCUUUAGUUUCUGGGGCGAGAGCCGUGGACGCCAGUACCAGGAGCUGCCACGCUGCAACCUUCCCUCGCCCCCUUCGCACCUCCAUGUGCCACUGCAUAGCAUCUCCAGACAGCAGCGGAGCCAGCUGGAGAGCAGGCUUGACUUGCUGCAGAAACAGCUUAACAGGCUGGAAACUCGUAUGGCCACAGACAUCAGUACAAUCAUGCAGUUGUUGCAGAGGCAGAUGGCACUUGUACCUCCAUCCUACAGCACAGUGUCUUCCCCCCCACAGGCCUGCUCAUAUCCCGAGGCUGCUGCAGGCCACGGAGAGAGACUCACCCAGCCUGUCACACCUGGGGAAUCUGAGACUCUUGCCUCAAUCUCACAGAUCCUGGAUGCACAGGACUUUGAGGAAUUCCAGGCUAAGUCUUGUGAGUUGUCUCACUCUAUGAUGGAGCUUCAUCCAACAGAGACUCCCUUGCUCGGCCCAGGGGACAUUCCUGUCCAGGGCCUCUCCAACCUGGGUCCCUGUGGCAAUCCACUAGACCCUGACACCCAACGAAGGUUCUCCCUCCAGGAGCCGAAGGCCCCUCUGGACUCAAGGACACCGCAGAGACAUAGCUCCAACCCUGGGAGCUAGGGAGGGAGUAGAAGAACCCAAAGGGUGAGAGGAGGAAACAUAGAGCACUCAGAAAACUCCUGCCUCUGCCUCUCAGUCUUUUUCAGUUACUCUCUUUCUCUUUCUUGCACAUCUCAUGGCAGACCUCUAUUUUUCUGUUGCUGGAGUCAAAAUGUUGCUGAUCCAGGUCAACCUGAAGGACCUAAAGAUAUAAACCACUGAUCUCAAAAUAAGGCCAUUGGCUCUUUUUGACAUCUGUGGUCUAAGUGCCCUCAGGAUGGGGUGACACAUUACCAAACUGUCAAUAAAAUGGACACCAGGAGCAGCAAGAGUGUGGAAGGGUGUUGAACAUUGUCCACUCUUUUUGGCUUUUGUUAAAAAGUGGAAUUAUCACCCUAAGGGCAGCUCCCAUGUCCAAAUUGUCCCUUUACUGCUGUUAUCCAGUAUUGGAUUACCAUUUAUGAAUAAUAAUGAAAACUAAUAAGUAGCCAUUAUGUCUUGCACUGAAAUUUUUCAGAAUCUUUAUCUAUAUCAUGUCCGCGGCGCUUCCGAAGAAAAAAGAAAACAACUUUUUAGUGUUAGCUGGCCUAACAGAGAAAAAGAAAAAAGUGUUUCUUUUGUCCUGUCAUUCUGCCUCUUUAUCCAUUCAUAUCUGUGGUUUAGGCCCCAAGAGUGUCCUGGAUGGUCUGGUUUGCAUUCAUGUGUAAUUAAGGGUGAGACUAAAGCCAUUCCAUUACUGAACAUAUCAAAUUGCUGUGCAAUGACAAUGGGUGGCUUGGGAAUGAAGGAGUAAAUGAAUAUGCAAAAUAAGACUGUUUGUGUUAAACACCGGAUGAUGUCAAAUGUGUUUGAGGGUGUGUCCUAGCUCACAGUGGUUAAAGACGUUCACAGAUAUUUUUAAGGAUGUCUUGAUUAAUCAAAUGACCUCAGCAAUACUUAUCCCCAGAACCCACAACCCCACAUGUUAAGUAAACACACUGCUAAUGUGUAUAAGUACUGCAAUUUCUUCCAGAAUCACACAAAAAAAUGGUCACCAUAAAUGAUAAAAUACUUCAUUAAUCUUCAAUUAAAACUAAAAUAAUACUGGUAGCUUUCUAUUGUUUUUUAUUUCUGGGGUAUUUAAAAUUGAAAUCAGAUACUACCAGUAUUGUUCUAAUUAAUGUUCUUCUAUUAGUCACAAGACUUGGCCCAAGAAUAUAAUCAGGCACCUGAAACAAGUGGAUAUGUGUGGUACUCUCUUUAUUUUUAAAGUAUUACUCACCUUAACACCAAAACAUGCUUGUGUUAAAAGCACUAAUGUUAGUCAACAGUCUUCAUUUCAAUGUUUCAGUGAUAGUGUUUUUAACACCAGCAGUCUUGGCUCUUUUGGCUCUCUCUCUAUCUCUCUCUCUCUCACACACACACAUGCAUAUACACACGUCAGAGAGAUCGAGAGAAAGGAGACACAGUGAGUGUUUGUGUGUGCAAUGCAGUGAUAUUAAUGUGCACUGGAUAACACAUUAAAAAUAAGCUUCACCACUCCAUCCAGAUGAAGAAGCAGAAGGUUCUCCAGUCAGUGGUAUAUUUUGCUCUGGGAGUUAUUGUGGUGCAUGCCACUUCUCUACCGACAAGCACCAUUCAUAUACACUUUCUGAUAAACAAAGUUACUAUAGUGAGUGGAUUAUGAAUUUGUAACAGAAUGCAUCAUAUUUCCCAUUUGUUUGAAUUCAGGCAUUAUUUAUAUUGUAUAUCAUUUGUGAAUUAUGUUUUGUUUGUACCUAAUGCUACUUUAAUUUUGCAAGACAUUAUUGCAUAUUAUUUUGCAAGACAUUAUUAAUGGUAAGGAAUUUAAAUAAAGGUUACUGGUUGUCUCCAUUUGUCCAACAGUUGUCCACACCAUCUUCUUCUAUCUAGUUUAUUAGGAUUAUGGGAUGACAACGUGACAAAAACAGACUGAAGAUGUUGCACACAUUAUCUCUGCCUGCUUUAUCUGCUCUUAGUGAUUGUUCAUUCACCAUGAAUAUGUACAUUUAAUUAUUAUUAGUUCAGCAGGAAGUCUCCUAAUAGCAAAUCUAGGAUCCAUAAGAUAUGGGAAGUAUUCAUAUUUUAAUAGAAUCUUUUUAUGUACUGCACAUAUAACAAUGAAUCAUAACAAUGAAUCCUAGAUUUGCAUUCCUAUUCUGAAUUAUUAUUAUUUUUAAUUAGUCUUGUUGAGUUAUGGCAAAUAUCCCUAUAUAAAGAAUAACAACACUGGUUAGAGAGCAUUAUUGGCUGAUCAUGUUUCCUGUUGGUGCACUUUAGAGUAUAACCAAAGCCAUACCCACAUAAGUAAUGAUUUUCUCCCCCACAGUAGCAUUUGAGAUUUCUUUAAGAUUUUGUCAGUUUCUGGAUGACUGUUUCAGAGAGAAGUGGUAUUAGAGUAAGACAUUGGACAAACCAACUUGAUUUGUUGACAAAAUAUGGUUGUAUGACGUUUAUCAAACUAUUCUCUGAGUAGUGCAAUGACUCCAACAAUAUUAGCUAAGUGGACAUUGCAACAUGUAUAUUCUCUACCAAUGCUAUGGUAUCUUGGAACACAAUAUUCAAAAAUUCUGUUCAUGCAUUCAUAAUGAAUGUUUAGCACCGUAAUAUUGUCAUAACCUUCAUGUGUGUUAUCAUUUUAUCUCCUGUGAUAUGUAAACAUAAUAUCUGUGUCUUGUUACUUGUUUAGUGUACUGAUGUGCACUUUAGAGAGCCCCCUCCUUCCCAAGAUGUAAAAAAUUAAAGAAAUUGUUCCCCCUCUGUUACAUCUACUUAUCUGUCUAACAGCUGUUGAGGUAUGUAGAUAUUUUUCAGUCUUGGCUUUAAUUUAUUUUGGUACUGCAUUUUCACCGGAUUGCUUUUUUCUCCCUUUCGUGUACUGUACAUAAGAGAGUCUUGUAAAGGAAUCAAUUCUUGGCACUCGUAUAGACGGCACUAUGCAGACUCUGUCAUUUCCUUGGCAUGCUUCGAAAUGCAGAAAAAAACUGUAGAUGAAAAAUAUAUGUUUGAUUUUUAAACAGAUAGAUAU